GUUUCACAGAGACGCAACUAGGGAGGGGAGAGCACACACACAGAGACAGAGAGAGAGAGACCGGCGAAUUACACACAGCCCCAGACACAAUGCUUUGGAGGAUGCAGGAACAGAAACCAUUUCCUGCUAAGACGGUUGAUUGACAAGCCCGUCGUCCAAUCAAAUCGUCGCCAUGAUUGCCACGGGCGGUCUGCUGCGUAUGAACCGGCGCCAAGACUCCCAGCGAUCCAAGAACCACGCUGAGAACCAGAGGAAGAGGAAACUAGCAGAGAGGAAGAAGAAGAACGAUGUGGUAGUGGUGAAGGGGAAACUCAACCUGUGUUCCCCAUCUGGGCUGGUGGCUGCGGUGGGGGUAGUGGUGUUGAUGCUGGGGAUAGCCAUGGCUGUACUGGGCUACUGGCCACACGAAGGCCACAGCCAGGGGUAUGCAUCCAGGGUAUCAGCAGGGGAGGAGCGGAGAGACAACGGCAGGAUGAGCUACUCCAAGAGCCGCCUGGUGUCUGUCACCUGGAACAAUAACAAGGACAACAACAAAACCAACCAGACUGUUGGGGAGUUGACCAACCAGACUGUUGGGGACUUGACCAACCAGACUGUUGGGGACUUGACCAACCAGACUGUUGGGGACUUGACCAAUCAGACGAGUGCUGAGUUGACCAAUCAGACGAGUGAUGUUAUGAAUGGAAGUGGUCCUCAACCUGUACCUGUGUCUACAAGUCCUCGUUCUCCCUCGCGUGGGUUUCUCACUGAGUUCCUGGACAGCUAUCUCUACUCAGACAACUUGAAGGUGUUUGGACCCUUAGUGAUGGGGAUUGGCAUCUUCCUCUUCAUCUGCGCUAACGCCGUGCUUCACGAGAACAGAGACCAGAAGACCAAAGUCAUCAACCUCAGAGAUAUCUACUCCACGGUCAUCGACCUCCACAGCACACGGACCAAGGACUACUCGCCGAUUAACGGACUAGUGAACUAUGCGCAGUCCAGGGGCAGUGUGGACAUAAAUUCGGGUUCGUUCAAUCCUGGCGAGAUGCUAGAGCAUGGUCGCAGCCCUUGGCCCUCCACUACCGUGUCAAGCCACCAGGAGGAGUUAGGUAGCGGUGAGCAGCAGUGUAGACGACCGUCAAUGGCGGGCCGGCAGCGGAGCUGGUCCAGAGACAACCAGGGAAGUGUGUAUAGCAUCUACAGAGACCAGAAGCGCAGGUGUUCAGAGCAGACACCCUACCCCAGGCAGUGGGACUCAGAGCAAGCCUCGUACCCCAGACAGUGGGACUCAGAGCAGGCGACAUACCUCAGACAGUGGGACUCAGACCAGGCCUCGUACCCCAGGCAGUGGGACUCAGAGCAGGCCUCGUACCCCAGACUGCGGGACUCAGACCAGGCCUCGUACCCCAGACUGCAGGACUCAGAGCAGGCCUCGUACCCCAGGCAGCGGGACUCAGAGCAGGCCUCGUACCCCAGGCAGCGGGACUCAGAGCAGGCCUCGUACCCCAGGCAGCGGGACUCAGAGCAGGCCUCGUACCCCAGACAGCGGGACUCAGAGCAGGCCUCGUACCCCAGACAGCGGGACUCAGAGCAGGCCUCGUACCCCAGGCAGCGGGACUCAGAGCAGGCCUCGUACCCCAGGCAGUGGGAGGGUGCAGCAUCCAUUGUCAGUUCUUCUUUUAACGCCUUCACCCUCCCGAUCAUCACACUUAACAACUGUACAGUGGAGGAGGGGGCACAGGCCGAGAGAGAGGAGGAAGAGAUUAUAGAUGUGAAGGAUUUUAGUGGAAAUGGGAUUGAGCAAGAGCAAGUAGCAGGUUAUAGUCAAAGUCUGGAUACUACAGAGAAGAAUUCUUCAAGGAGGACCUCGAUGAAUCCCCAGGAAUCCUAUAGUCAAUGUCUGGGUACUAAAGAGAUGGAUUCUUCAAGGAGGACCUCGAUGAAUCCCCAGGAAUAUGAGGGUGGUACCGUCAUGACCCUAACCGAACCAGACGAAGCGCUACUGGGACAGACCCUCACCCCACAAGACUCCCAACUGUUCCCCCCAUCUCCCGUUUUCAGGGCGAUGACGGGGAUGGGAUCUCGCCUGUCACUCAACUCCCUCUCCAGCCAAGGGGGGGACCAGCCCCAGUCGGCGCGACGAUGCAGCCUCACCAUGGCCGUCUGUCGUCAAGGCGACCGGGCUCGUCGGUUCAGCUGUACGCGUCUGGAGCGUUCGAACAGUAAGGGAUACAUCAAACUGGAAACCGUGGACGGAGAUUCCUUCGAGGCACCAGAUGUAAUGACUUCCUGUGUGCCCGACUCGAAUCAGGAAGAAGAAGUAGUAGCAGAAGCAGAAGCAGCUCAAGGAAAAAGAGAGAGGGUGAGAGUCGCCCUUAGCUCUUCUUUAACAGAACUCUAGACAGAUCUGUCUCAAUCGUCAUGUCAAUCUCUUUAGACAGUGAUCGAAAGUGACCUAUAGAGUCAAGGUGCAGCCAGAAGGAACUCAGGAGAGGAGAGGGAGAUACAUAGCUCUUCACGACACAUAAACUCUAGACAGAUCUCUACACAGAACUCUAGAACUAUCUCUCCGUGUCUCAUCAUUGUAGAUGGAUGUCAUAGGCAGUAGAAGACAGGGAUCAAAACUGACCUAUAGAGUCAAGGUGCAGCCAGAAGGAUGUCAGGAGAUCAGAGACGGGGAGGAGGAGAGGGAGGGAGAGAACAGGAGACGGAGAGGGAGAGAGAAGAAGAGGGAAGGGAGAGAAAAGGAGAAGGAGAAGGAGAGAGAAGGAGAGAUGAGAGGGAGGGGAGAGAGAAGGAGAAGGAGAGAGAAGGAGAGGGAGAGACGAGAGGGAGGGAGAGAGAGGGAGGGGAGAAAGAAGGAGGAGAGAGAAGGAGAGGGAGAGGGAGAGACGAGAGGGAGAGGAGAGAGAGGGAGGGGAGAGAAAAGGAGAGGGAGAGAGAAGGAGAGGGAGAGGGAGAGAGAGGGAGGGGAGAGAGAAGGAGAUGAAGGGAGAGGGAGAGGGAGAGAGAAGGAGAUGGAGAGAGAGGGAGUGGGAGAGAAAAGGAGAGGGAGAGAGAAGGAGAUGGAGAGAGAGGGAGUGGGAGAGAGAAGGAGAGGGAGAGAGAAGGAUAGGGAGAGAGAAGGGAGAGGGAGAGGGAGAGAGAAGGAGAUGGAGAGAGAGGGAGUGGGAGAGAGAAGGAGAGGGAGAGAGAAGGAGAGGGAGAGGGAGAGAGAGGGAGAGGGAGGGGAGAGAGAAGGAGAUGUAGAGAGAAGGGAGAGGGAGAGAGAAGGAGAUGGAGAGAGAGGGAGUGGGAGAGAGAAGGAGAGGGAGAGAGAAGGAGAGGGAGAGAGAGAGAAGGGAGAGAGACAUGGUGCACCCAGAAGGAGAUCAGGGAGAGAGACGGGAAAGAAGAGGGAGAAAGAGAAGGUGUGAUGGAAAUAGCCCCCACUUCUUCAACAGAGUUGUAAUGUUCAACACCAAUUAGGGUCCCCUGGAGAACAUGGACUGAAACUAUGGUUCCUACAGAACUAUAGCCAGAACUCUGUCCGGUCAUUUCUAUGUAAGCGAUAAACAACAAUGGUCUGUACAUUUCUCUUAAAAAUAUACCACGACGCAGAGAAGCAGUAUAUUAUAUAUCUACUGUACCAGUCAAAAGUUUGGACACACCUACUCAUUCCAGGGUGUUUAAUAAAUGCUUCACAGAGUUCAGGUAACAGACACAUCUCAACAUCAACUGUUCAGAGGAGACUGUGUGAAUCAGGCCUUCAUGGUCGAAUGGCUGCAAAGAAACCACUACUAAAGGACACCAAUAAUAAGAGACUUGCUUGGGCCAAGAAACACGAGCAAUGAACAUUAGACCGGUGGAAAUCUGUCCUUUGGUCUGAUGAGUGAUUUCAUAUGUGUUAUUUCAUAGUUUUGAUGUCUUCACUAUUAUUCUACAAUGUAGAAAUAAGGAAAAAAAUUAAGAAAAACCCUGGAAUGAGUAGGUGUUUGGACAAACUUUGGACUGGUUCUGUAUAUAAUACCCAUUCAUUUCUGAUUGAGGCAUUUUCUGUAGCUGGGUGCAUACAGGUCUAUACAGGUGUAUACAGGUCUAUACAGGUCUAUACAGGUGUAUACAUGAGAGCCCUUAUCAGAAAGCCAUGGGGAAACAGUGAUGUUUCACUUUUCAGAAUAACAACACGAGAAAGACUCUUUAAAACCACAAAAUAACUCAAUAUUCAGAUCAAACUAUUCCAUUUUUUUGUAAUGUAGCAACAGCAAAUACUUUCGAUUAGAAAAAAGACGUAGAUACUAUUUGUUUAAACAAACAAAAAUGUUGUGUAGAUUUGAAUAGCACCUAUUUGAAAUAAAAAUGUUUUGUAUAACUGGAGAUAAAAUUAGAAUAAAUUAUGAUGUUCUGAAAUCUUCUUCCUUUGCAAAUAAAACUGUUCUACAAAAUAAGUUUUAUUUUAGAUAGGUAUUGUUAUGAGGUUUUAAUAGCUGUCAGAAAUUCAGGUAGAAUAGAGUUCAGAUUUGAUUAAAAUGAUGUUAACUGUUGGACCAUGUUUAAUUAUGCAUGAAUAAAGUUAUAAUAUAUAAUAGAAUAGAAUAUAGUUGAGACAUUAAAAUAAAAAAUGUAGAUCUUU